CAACAACAUGUCUGGUUCUCGCCACUGGGAGCAAGAUAAGGACAGCACACUCUACAUUGGCAAUCUCGACGAGCGAUGCACCGAUCCGCUGAUAUGGGAGCUGAUGUUGCAGGCGGGUCCCGUCAUUAAUGUGCAUUUGCCCAAAGAUCGAGUCACACAGUCACACCAAGGAUAUGGCUUCGUCGAGUUUGGCAGUGAAGACGAUGCCGACUAUGCCUGCAAAAUCAUGAACCAGAUUCGCCUAUACGGAAAGCCGAUCAGAGUCAACAAGGCUUCUGCCGACAGGAGAGGUCCGAAUGGCGAAGGAGGAGGAUUGGGAGGUGGUGCUGGCGUGGGAGCAGAGCUUUUCGUGGGCAAUUUGGACAACAUGGUGGACGAGAAGGUGCUUUACGAGACAUUCAGCAGAUUUGGUCCCCUCGUGGCUGCACCGAAGGUGGCAAGAGACGAGUCGAACCUUUCCAAAGGUUACGGUUUCGUGAGCUACGCCGCCUUUGAAGCCUCUGAUCAGGCAAUUGAGCAUAUGCACGGACAGUAUCUCAUGAACAAGGAAAUCACAGUGCAGUACGCGUAUAAGAAGGAUGGCAAGGGCGAGCGACAUGGUGACGAUGCAGAGAGAGCACUGGCUGCGCAGGCGAGAAAACAUGGCGUCGAACUUGCCAUUCCUGCGCUGCCCGCUGCGCUUAUUAUGCCCAAUGGAGCACCGAAUGCACCGCAAAGCAUGACGCCUGUGAACAUGACUGGGGCCAAUGGGUAUCCCGUUGGACCGCCCAAUGGAAUGGGAGCGAGACCGACUCCUCAACCUCCACCAGCAUACGGAGGGUAUCCAGGAUACAAUGCACCUCCGACACCUUCGCACAUGCCUCCUUCGCCAUAUGGAGUGCCACCGAAUGCCAUGCCCCAACCACCUCCAUCUCUUCCAAAUCAGCCGCCGCGGAACUACAAUCAAUCUCCUCUCCAAGCUCCGCCUUCAGCAGCUGGUCUUCCAGCUCGACCUCCGGCAACCAAUGCUGGUUAUGGAGGUCCUAGUAUUGCACCAGGCAUGCAGCCCGGCUUCCCUGGCGGACCACCUCCUGCGACUCUUCCUCCACCUCCCAUGGGCUUGCCAGGACACUCGGCUCUGCCACCACCGCCCGCCGGGUUACCUGCACCAGCGUUGAGGCAGCAGAGAUAGAAUGCUGCUGUGCCAGCGCAGACGUCAUUUGACAACGAGCCGUUCCAAGACACGGCACGGCAUCAUGUAAAGAAGGACAGUGUUGGAGAUGAAAGCUCGUCUUCUGUCGCGGCUGUCAUGACACAGCGUUCCGACCCCACAGGCUUCUCCAAUCUUACACAUCGUUCUGGAUCCGCUUUUAUGGUGCCAGAGCCUCCAGUUAUGAAGCGCACACAGGAGAUGGUAGAUAGUGGUCGGACCGGCCCUCAUGGGCCUCACUUGGGCGAAUCUGGUCCUUCUGAUCAAAGCAGGCGAUCGAUUCAAGCGAACAAGCAUCGCAAGACCAAUUCAGAUGGUAGCGCUAGCAUUCCGAAGGAUAAGGUGGAGCCUAGCGAUGGUGUUGCGGCAUUUGAAAGGGCUAGGAAAUGGUCUGAUUAGACCAGGUCUUCUUCACAAGCAUGAUAUGCAAGAUACCCCCUUGACUUGUAUUUUAUACGUAGUAUGGCAUAGCUUCAGAAGUGGAUCAUGCGACAGAAAAUCAUUGAACAGCAGGCACUCGAUGUCUGCAGCAUCCGAAUAGUCUCAUGAAGCAUCUGAGUAGAAAGUUGGUAUCAUGCAGAAUUUGUACCUGCGGCACACCCUAUGCGCCAUUGCUAUGCUUUUCUGCUUCUCUUGACCCGACCCUCGCAGAGUCCGAUGCUCAUCCCAGUCCAAAUAUUGUACAAGUCGGCGCCCUCGUAUCUGUACAGUCCUUCCAGAGUCGUCUAUUGCGCCAGAGGAGAAAAGAGUCUGAUCAAUGACGGUCGUGGAUUGCUUCGUGUGUAGCCCAGGUAGAUGAUCAGAGGAAGGUAGCCAUAAUGGAUUGCUACUCUGGAGAGGUCGAUGACCCUCGCGAUGCGCUCCUUGCUCUCUUCUGAUAGCGCCAACCACGCCAUUUCGUCUGUUUGAUGCGAGUCGUGGAGGAGCGGUGUUUGAUGCGAUACGGUUCUGGCGGAAGUGUUUGGCGGCAGCAAAGUCCC